UGAGGUAAUAAGACAGAGCCUGAGUGAGCAGCUGGUCAAAGGAGAGCUCCAACUCAACAGGACAAACUUCAGUUAUCUGCAGAAAGCUUCUAUCUUUUUGACAUUCUCAGAGAGAAUCAUCUAAAGAGAGAGACUCCUUUUUAGCAGAGACCAAUCAAAACCGCCGAGACUGCGCGAAGAUCUAGAACUCUGACCUUUAAAAAUGGCCAAAAUCAAUUUGAGCAUAGUGGUUUUGGGGGUUGCACUGCUCUUCCUUGCAGAGACAUGGGCUCAGAAGCCCAUGAAGAGACAGACACCUUCCAAGGGCCAGUGCUGCGAUGAGGUGCGCUCCCUCAAAGUUCAAGUGGCCAAUCUCACCAGCCUCCUCGAAGACCUGAGUCACAAGCAGGAGGCAGACAUGAAGAAGCUUAAGAGGCAGAUACUGGAGCUGGACCAGCAGAACCGACAGCAAGAAGCCCGGGUCACAGAGGCAGAGAGCAAGUACUCAGAGAUCAACAACCGUGUGGAGAUCAUGCAGCUGCAAACCCUCGAGUCUGCUCCUCAGACUUCAUCACAUGCUAUAUAUGACUGUGCAUCACUCUAUGGCAAGAACUACAAAAUCUCUGGCGAGUACAGACUGCCUAAAGAUGAGUUUCUGGGAACACCUGAGCAUACUGUCUUCUGUGAUAUGGAGACAAAUGGAGGUGGCUGGACUCUGAUUCAAAGGCGCAAGGUUGGCCUGAUCUCCUUUGAACGUGACUGGAAGCAGUACAAACAAGGAUUUGGAUCCAUCCGUGGAGACUUCUGGCUGGGCAAUGACCACAUCUUCCGCCUAACAAGACAGCCCAGUACACUCAGGAUUGAGUUGGAGGAUUGGGAGGGACGCAAACGGUAUGCUGAGUAUGGCUUUUUCAAAGUGGAUAAUGAGCUCAACAGCUACAAGCUCUUCCUUGCCAACUACAGUGGAAAUGCUGGAGACUCACUGCGGUACCACAACAAUACCAACUUCAGCACCAUGAACAAAGACAAUGACAAAUGUGUGGACGACUGUGCAUCCCAGCGCAAAGGUGGUUACUGGUACAACUGCUGCACUGACUCAAAUUUGAAUGGCGUUUAUUAUCGCUAUGGUGACCACCUCAAGAACACCGAUGGGAUCACCUGGUACGGCUGGCAUGGGCGCAACUACUCCCUCAAAAAGGUGGAGAUGAAAGUCCGGCCAGUCGAUUUUCAUUCAUAAGCGUGCCAGCUGGGCGUCCUGGAUCAAGAUCAUACGCUCUCAUACCUGUUCAACCAAAUUGUGGCUUUUCCUGGACUGUGAAAGUGAAAUUGCUGUUUGUGAUGGUUUGGCUAGAUUUCAGUCAGAUGAAUGUGUAAUGUUUUUGCCAUGUUUGAUUGUAAAUUGUAGUUAAUUUUGUGUAUUUAUCAGACAUAAAAUGUUUUAUUUUUUAAAAGCUUUCCUAGAUGCCCUUUAACCACUGUCCCCUAUGGUUAAACUGGAUUCUGAUUCUUUCUGUCCUUCGUCUUGAAUGCACUAUGACGCAUUUUCAGUUAUCAUAAACAAUCAUUCCAGACUGGUCCGAUACAUCUAUAAAUCAUUAAAGACUGGUAGACUAGAAUUUCUCUGUGACUUGCUGUUAGGGAUCGGUCAUAUAAAUUAGGCUGCAUUUCUUUUUCCUCAUUGUUUUAAAACCGCAACCAUUCAUGAUCGAAAUGUGUCAUUUGUAAAAUGUGUACAGCUCUGUAAGUACGUUGUUUUUUGUGACAGAAAAUAAAAAUAUUUUUUAAACA